AUGAUCGAUUUCUACUUCUACCCGACCAGCCCCCCAUGUCGUGCAAUUAUUUUAACAGCUAGAACAAUCGGUCUCGACAUGAAUUACAAAGAACUGCCAGUUCUGACAAUGGAACAUAUUACGCCGGAAUUACUCAAGUUUGUUUACAGUCGACCCAUGAUGGCAUACCUAAUGGAGAAAUACGGUAAAGAUGAUUCCUUGUAUCCGAAAGAUCUGAAGAAGCGAGCAGUGAUUAAUCAGAGAUUAUUCUUCGAUGCAAUCUAUCUGUAUCCUGCCUUUGUUGACUAUUUCUUAAACAGAACUGACGAGAGGGAUGAAAAAGUAGAUAACGCUUUGGAAUUGCUUAAUACAUUUUUGGAGGGGCAAGACCACGUAGCUGGAAAGAAUUUGACAAUAGCUGAUUUCUCCAUCGUUGUGACUAUUAAUAUGAUUGAGGUACUGGACUAUAGUUUAAGUGGGUAUAAGAAUAUUAUCAAAUGGUUGACAGAAAUUAAGUCGGAGAUACCUAAAUACGAGGAAAUAGAAUGUGAGCCGCUAAAAAUCAUAAAAAGACGGGCCUAUGGAGGAUUCUUGGAUGAGACAAAUCGCCUGAAAAACGCUACUUGA